GUUUCCUGGACGAAAAUAGUCGUCACCUCUGGAUCGAUCCGACACGGGAGCCAUGGAGAAGGCUGCGCCCGCGGCGGCGGAAGAGGAGAGGGAGGAGGCGGCGUGGGCGUGGACCUGGGGCGCGGGCACGGACGGGCAGCUCGGGAGCGGCGGUCUAGAGGACCACCACCUCCCGCAUCCGCUUCUUCUCCCCCCUCGCUGCCGCGGUCGCGUCUCCUUCGUCGCCGGCGGCGGCGCUCACGCCAUAGCCCUCACAAGUGAUGGCGAAGUAUUUUCUUGGGGCAGAGGUACACAUGGUCAACUUGGUCAUGGGAAUGUAGAGAACAUCCCUACUCCAAUGCUUGUUACGUUCUUUAAAAACUAUACAGUAACCUGCGUGUCUGCUGGUUGGAACCAUUCUGGAUUCGCUACAGAUUCUGGACAACUCUUCAUGUGUGGAGAUGGCUCAUUUGGACAACUUGGCACUGGUGAUAAUCAGUCAAGGAACUUGCCGUUUGAAGUGUCAUCCUUUACCACAAAGCAUGUUGAGAAGCUUGCAUUUGGGAUGCGCCAUUCUCUUGUCCUGUUGAAAGAUAAUUCCAUCUAUGGAUUUGGCUCAGCAAGACGAGGACAAGUUGGUAAAUCCGUUUGUAAGAACCAAAAGUUACAUAAUAUUCCUAGAUUAAUUGAUGGUUUUCCAAACCGCAAGAUAGUGAAUUUAUAUGCCAAUGGGGAUCAUAGUGCUGCAUUGGAUGAAUCUGGUCAGUUGUAUAUCUGGGGAAGAGCAUUAGUUGGAGAACAUGACGACGAACAACCUCAGGCAGUCUUUCCUUCUUUGAGUAUUUCUCAAGUGGCAUUAGGAUGGCAUCAUGCAUUACUUUUAUCUGGGGGUGAACUAUACACCAUUGGUGCAUACCGCCAUCAGAAGCGUGAGACCCCUGUGUUAGAAAAUGCAACGGCACAUCAAUUCAAUCCCACUGCAUCAAGCAGUAAUCUUCAUGAAUCAUCUUCAUUGUCAAAUUUAGUUAAGGUCCCCUCUGUUCAUGGAGAACAGGUGGUACAAAUAGCAGCCGGCACUGAACAUUCCGCUUUGGUAACAGAUAAAGGAGCGGUGUUCACUUGGGGCUGGGGAGAGCAUGGCCAACUGGGUUUGGGAGAUGCUUCUGAUCAGGUGGUUCCUCGGAGAGUAAAUCUAGGUGAUAAGAGCUCAUGUUCUUCUGCUUCACUCGGCGUCUAUUGUGGGAGUGGAUUUACUGUAGCGGUGAACUCGGAUUAAUUACUCCUGUUGUACCAUAUUUCCGUUUCAUUUCCACUCAGUUUGUGACCAUGAUAAACAAUAGAUACUGUCUUCUGAAGUUCUGAUGCCGUUGGAGAGUGAACGGGGUGCACAACAGAAUUGGAACGAUUUGUAUGGGCUGGAUCACUUGCUGGGCUGGGUAUGACUCGGCUUAGUGUAGCAAAGUGUUUGUACACUUGGGGGAUUUGGACUCCUCAACUA